AUGCCUAUCCUCCCCCGCCUUCAUCUCUUCGAAAUCGCCGAUCAGCCAUGGUGUCCCGACAAGGCCAUCGAAUAUGUUCAGCUAUGCCUCACCCACUGCUGGAACCUGCGCCUGCCACCGAUCGCCAAGGCUUCUUCAGCCGACGUUGCCUGCGACGUCCUUGCUGAGAAUUUUCCCGACAUCUCGUCUUUCACCUUUGUCGAUUUGGGCUCGGGCGCAGGAGGCCCAUCCUCCACCCUGGAGCGACUUCUCAACGCCCGCCUGCGCGCCCAGCAUCUCCCCCCGGCCCAGUUCCUGCUGACCGACCUCAACCCCCAUCCGCGCGAAUGGGCUGCCCUCACCAAGCAACAAGAAAACAUCUCCUACAUCUCUGAAUCAGUGGAUGCGACCAAAUGUGAUCGACUGGUCCCACAGAUCCGGAAGGAAUGUCGAAUGUUCAACGUGGCGUUUCACCAUUUCGAUGACCCUCUUGCUAUGCCCAUGUUGCGGAGCGCGAUUGAAUCGGCCGAUGCAUUCAUUAUUUUCGAACUCACCGCGCGUGAUUUCAGCUCGAUGCUUAUAUUACCUGGCUUAGUACUGAUCGCAUUCCAGUACACUCUGCUUCGAUUCUGGCGGUCACCCUUACAUUUGCUCUUCACAUUUGUGUUGCCUCUGGCACCUCUACUAAUGGUCUUUGAUGGCUUUGUGUCCAUCAUGCGCUGCCGGACUCCUGAUGAGCUGCAUGAUCUAGUCAGACGGUCGGAUGCGGCUGGCUUGGAGAACUGGGAGUUUCGGUCUGGCAAGUCGCCUGUUAUGUAUCCGACUACAAAUGUGCAUUGGUUUAUGGGGGUGAAGAAGACAGCUCAUACCCACACAGAACUUGUGAUCUGUGUUUCAACGAUCAAGAUGACGAGGUGGCUUAGUCUCAUGAGAACUAUUGCAAAAGUGCUGCAACCAUCCUCUUCCAAAGUGCAUUCAUUCAAAUGUGGUCGUCAACCAGGACACCCUAUAGGGAGCCUCGUCAGUGUAGGAAUCAGCGGUCCUGGUCCACGCCUAUGCUUUUAUGCAAAUAUUGACCACAGAGCGAAGAUGAGCACUUGGACUACAGGGCAUUCAUCAUACAAGGUCGCGUGGCUGACGCAGCCAAAUGCAAGGAACCCGGGAAAGGAUCCUAUCCAGCCUGGGGUACGACUUGCGUCUCCACACCCCAUGUAA